AUGCCGCCGGUUGCAGGAUAUGUGGACUUCAACCCGGAAAGAGAUAUCCCUUCUCUUCAGGGCAAGGUAAUAUUCAUUACAGGAGGUACUGCAGGUCUUGGAAAAGAAUCGGUCUUAGCGCUCGCUAGACAUAAGCCGGCACACAUUUAUUUCAGCGGAAGAAAUGGCAAUGCCGCGGACUCUGUCUUGAGAGAAGUCGGAGAUAUUGCUCCCGGCGUUGGUAUUACCUUUGUGGAGCUAGACUUGACUUCCUUGGCGGCUGUCAAAGUAGCAAGUUCUAAGUUCGUACAUAACCGACUGGACAUACUGAUGUGCAACGCUGGCAUCAUGUCAAAACCUUCUGGUGUCGGUGCUGACGGCUACGAGAUUCACUUUGCCACCAACCAUCUUGGGCACGCGAUGCUCACCCAGCAACUCCUGCCUGUCAUGUUGAAAACUGCUGAACAGCCUGAGGCUGAUGUCCGUUUGAUCAACUUGACUUCUCUUGGCUGGGCUAUGCACCCAAGGGAUGGGGUCUCAUUUUCAACGGUCCGCGGACCCCAAGAUGGAUUUUGGGAGUCUCAACGGGUAUACGGUCAGAGCAAGUUGGCGAAUAUUGUCUACGCCGCCGAAAUUGCACGCCGUUAUCCUGCCAUAACAGCUGUAUCAGUUCAUCCGGGAGUCGUCAAAACGGAUCUGGUCGAAGGCCUCUCGACGGCGACGAGAUACUUUGUCAAGGCAACUUCAGCUAUCCUGGGCAAUCGUUUGCUGGAUCCGUCGCAGGGUCGACUGAGUCAGUUGUGGGCGGCAGCAGGCGCCAGGAAGGAACAGUUGGUGAACGGGGCUCUCUAUUUGCCGGUGGGAGUCAUGAGUAACCACACGUUGGACAAAACGGCCAAAAGCCCCGAAUUCGCGAAGAAAUUAUGGGCUUGGACUCAAACCAUCUUGGAUGAGUAUUGA